AUGUUGUUCGCCCCUAGUGGGCCCCAAGGCCCCCGACGUCGCAGUCGGAUGAAGGCCAUCUUCCUGACUAUCUUCAUCGUCAUCGUCCUAUACCUUUUAUUCUUUUCAACAACGAAGUCCCCCGUGAAAGUCAAGAGCGAAGCAGGUAGCUAUGCGCAGAAACAUGGAUCGGCGAAACAAACAGACGGGCUGGCUCGUCCUGUGGUAUCGAGAGAAAAGAGUAUGAUUGUGGCUAGCAUGAAAAAUGAUGACACGUCAUGGCUGUUGAAAAACUUCCCCGAAUGGACGAAAAGUAUCUACGUGGUGGAUGACAAGCACGCGCCGUUGACGGUGACACGCAACAAAGGCCGAGAGUCAAUGGUAUAUUUGACAUACAUCAUUGACAAUUACGAUAAUCUACCGGAAUCGAUGCUCUUCAUUCACUCGAAACGUUACCAAUGGCAUAACGAUGACCCAUACUACGACGGUAUCCCACCACUCCAGAACUUCCAGAUCCCAUACCUACAAGAGCAAGGAUACGUCAACCUCCGAUGCGUUUGGACCCUUGGAUGCCCGGUUGAGAUCCGCCCGCUCACCGAUACGCAUCGUGGCAACGUACACGCCGGCGAAUACUUCCAGCAUGGAUUCACGGAGCUAUUUCCUGGGAUCCCGAUUCCCGAGGAGGUAGGCGUGUCAUGCUGCGCGCAAUUUGGUGUGUCCCGUGCCAAGGUGCUGGAACGGCCGCGGAGUGACUAUGAGCGCUUCCGCACCUGGCUGUUGGACACGUCGCUAGAGGAUGAAUUGAGCGGAAGAAUCAUGGAAUAUUCGUGGCAUAUGAUAUUUGGAAAGGACCCUGUGCAUUGCCCCAAUGCGCAGGAAUGCUACUGCAAAGUGUUUGGACUGUGCGAUCUAACCUGCCCAUGGGAAGGGGGCUGUGAUGACCGCUAUUCCCUGCCACCAUUCUCCUCGCUGCCCAAGGGGUGGCCGAAGAUUGGAUGGAAGGGCCAAGCACAAGACCCUUCACACGGAUUGCCGGAAACUUGA